UCCAGCCACAGUCACCGUGUGAACUGGGCUGCAGGACCGCUGCGGAGCUGCCUCUGCCCUCGCCCGCCUGCCUGAGCUCUGCCCUGGGACCAAGGACCCGCUGGGCACGAUCUGAUUGGUUGUUUGACACUUGGGAUCUGUGGAGAACAGGAACAAUGGCUGCCAGCAAGAGCAAGAACCAGAGUUCUUUGGCCCUCCAUAAAGUAAUUAUGGUUGGCAGUGGAGGUGUAGGCAAGUCUGCACUUACUCUUCAGUUUAUGUAUGAUGAGUUUGUAGAAGACUAUGAACCUACUAAGGCUGACAGCUACAGAAAGAAAGUAGUUCUGGAUGGUGAAGAAGUUCAGAUAGACAUUCUGGACACGGCAGGACAGGAGGAUUAUGCAGCCAUCAGAGAUAACUACUUCCGUAGCGGGGAAGGGUUUCUUCUAGUCUUCUCAAUAACAGAGCAUGAAUCCUUUACAGCAACAGCAGAGUUUCGGGAACAGAUCCUGCGUGUGAAGGCUGAAGAGGAUAAAAUCCCUCUAUUGGUAGUAGGAAACAAGUCUGACUUGGAAGAGCGCAGACAAGUGCCUGUAGAAGAGGCUAGAAGUAAGGCAGAGGAGUGGGGUGUGCAGUAUGUAGAGACCUCUGCUAAAACUAGAGCAAAUGUAGAUAAGGUGUUCUUUGAUCUAAUGAGAGAAAUCAGAGCAAAGAAAAUGUCAGAAAACAAAGACAAGAAUGGCAAGAAAAGUGGCAAGAACAAGAAAAGCUUUAAAGAAAGAUGUUGCUUACUGUGAUGCUUGGGAACUGGGAACUGUAAAUAUCUAUAGGUGGCAUAUAAGAUACCACUAAGGAUAUAGGGCUGGAUUCAUGGAAGGAAGUCUGUAUUGACUCCCUUAUCUCUUGCUUUGCAUAUCACACCUUUGAAAUGUGAAAACAGAACUUUGAAACCAUUUCUGGUAUUCAACAAAACCUAUGCCUAUUUACAUGGAAAUGGGCUCUGUCUUCCCAGUGUCUUUCAAGGCUAGAUAUAUACAGAGUCUGAGAACCACAGUAAUUCUGCUCGAUGAUACAAAGUACUUUCAUAUUAACUUCAUAGUAUAUUUUAAUGUUUCUCUGAAUGUUGGUUUUUUCCUCUUGAGCCUCUACUGGCCUUAACAAGCACAGCUGUUCAGGUUCAAACAGUUUUCACUGUCUUUGUUCUUUGCAAACUGCGGAAAAGUUAGAUGACAUCUGGUAAGGGUUGGAGUCUCCAUCUUCUGUUGUUGGUCACUGGUAUGUCUUAGAUCUACUGCUCUUCUCCCCAUCCUCCAUUUAAUAAAUAGCAACUGACACUUGAGAAGCAACUCAAAAUGCAAGUUAACUUUCUUCCUGUUCAGUUGAGUCAAUACAGCAUUCAUGAAUCAAGCCUAUGGACUCAAUUCAGAAUUAAUUAGGUAAUGCAGCAAUUGGUAUUUUAGUACUGGCUUGGUGCAUUCCCUGUUUUCUCAUCCUUAAAUUAGUGUGGUGUGGGGUGAGAAAAUGACCGCAAGACCUUCUGCGAAAGGAAUCAUAUUGUCACCAUCUCCUUGAAAUGCUGCCCUGGAUUUCUUCCACAUAUUGUGGCUAGAUUCAGUUAAACUCAUUCUACAUCAAUCAUCAUUCUCCUGCCUGGUGCUGGACUAGUGAAGAUGGAGGUGGUGUUUUCAUCUGUUUUUUUUUAUUGCAACACUUGUGAUCAUGGUGGAGAAAUGGGAACUUCUGCAUCUCUCUUGCUGAAUGUGAAUGCUUUGAGGAAGAUGGGUCACAUCAUGCAAUCAUGAUUUGGAAUUAAUGAGGCAUAUAUGCUACCUCUAAAUGAUCAGUUGGCUAGCGAGUUGCACGGUGUCAAAAAGCAAAUGAAGUUGAGCAGUUGCCACAUCUGUUACUUACUGUAAACUAUGUAUGUAUUGUUUCUAUGCACAGCAACCUAGCACGUGGAGACAUAUGUUGAGUUCUGCUGUUGGUUAUACUAUGGUGGUCACCUUUUAAUCAACAAAACCAGCCUCAAAAUGGAAGAAGUCAGUAUUUAGCACAUUAUCUUGUCAGCUUACUGAAAGGUAUCCUGAUACAGUUUAAGUGCAGUUACCAAAAGCCUCUGUUUCUAUUGCAGAAAGUAACUCUCUCUCCUGAUUGAAGUCUCUCAGUGAAUUACAGACUUCUAUUUUGAAGAAAUAGACAGUUCCAGAAAGUAGUAACUGUACCUGCUUGUUACCAAAUGCUUAAAAUGCAGUUACCUGGAAAAAAAAUACAUGGUGUAAGGAAGCACACUGCAGCACUAGGUUAACAAAUACUGUUCCUUCUUGAGGUGAAGGAGUAGCAAAUACUGUUCAGUACUUAGUAUUGCAACUUGACUUGAGAAGCAUUUUUAACAUGUACUAGAUUGCUCUUGUGCAUUCUGCCUCUGAACUUUAAAAAGAGUAAGAUGUGUUAGAGGUUAGAACCUCAGAUCUGAGGUUUUGCAGGGACUUAUCACAAACUCAUUGUCUUCCAUAACUAGAUCUCCUUGUCAGGCAACUCUUUGGAUUGGGGAAACUACUAAAUAAAAGGUGCUGUAAUCUUCA